AUGGCAAGCAGCAAAAUGGAAGCUUUGCUGAAUUUAAUUAUGGAAGUGCCUUUGGAUGAACAUGGCUUAGUGAACAGGACAGUUUUCGAGUCCCUGCGGGAACUAGGACAUGCGGAUGCAGAAGGGGUGCUAAUGUUCUGUCGCAAGUAUAUCAUCCACCACAGGCGGCUGCCGCUGGUACGGCGCACUGCAUUGUUAAAGGCGAUGGCACAGCUGGUGAAGGACAACAUUGACGAUUUGGGCCGGGUGGCGGCAAAAAAGCUCAUCACGUUGGCUUCCGUAGAAAUGACCAAAUCGAAGGAUGCGUCCGAUGAGCACCAGGAGGUCGCGAGCCGGCUCCUACUGAAUGUGGGUCAUUGGUUUACCAAGGAGGCUUUUGAUGAGCUGCUGUCAAUGUUUCAACCGAGGAUGAGCCCCUUUUACUUUGUGGUGCUGGCGCUAGCCAACCUCUGUAAAGAACACGUGCAUUUCAUGGUCCCUUUGCUGAAGCCGGUCCUCCAUACUGUACUGACCAUGCUCUCUGCAGUCACAGAAGAGAAAACAAAGUGGGUAUUCUGUUUUGCUUUGGGGAUUUUUAGUGAAAGCAUCCUUGCCUACCUAUUCGACAUAGAGGAGGCCCCAGACCCUACGGUGAAGAAGAAUUUAUUUUUCCAGGAGUUUUCCGAUGCUUAUGACAUCCUGUUCGACGUGUGGCUGCCCUUGAAUGAACACAAUGUGAGCACAGCAGUGAUCGAGACUCUAGGCCAGAUAACCCAUCUGAUUCCCUUUGACAAAUUGGAGAAUGAAUUACCCAGGUUAAUUCCGGUGAUCCUGUCCAUGUACCAGGAAACCUCUAGCGAUUUUUGUGUCACACAGGGUCUGUAUGGUGUACUGCACACUGCCGUAGAGAGGAAUAGUGAGGAGCUGGUGCUACAAGUCGACAACUUGCUUGUCAAUUUACACAAUCAGAUUUGCAUUGCGGUGGAGCAGCCCACUAACCUUUACUCUCAGAAGCAGCAAAAAGAAAUCCUUUGCUGCUUCAAGCUUCUGACACCAUCCUUUACUUAUCAGAUUGUAGAAUUUCUUCUGCUGAAGCUAGAGAAUACCAACAACCAAAUUCGACUGGGGACACUGACUGUGAUGGAUCACCUUAUCAAUAUGGUCCCUCUGUACAUGGCCAGUCAGAAGAAUCAGAUUCUGACAGGUAUGAAGGUACUGGUUUUAGCCAAUGAUAACAGAGUGAAGGGAAAACUUGGCCAGAUAAUAUACACCAUGGCCUGUCACAACUACCUCCAUUUGGAGGGAGGAAAGGAAAUGGUGGAGUUUAUCAUCCGGCAAUGUGCUCUGCCUGUUGUGGAGGAUGGGGAUACCACUGAGGACUCCUACGAUGUCACAGCAUAUGUGGUCACAGACCGCGCUUUAAGGAGGUGGUGCGAAGACCUGAUGAGAUUGUUGAUAGCGUUACCGAUUGACAAUGUUCUCUGGCCAUUUCUCUUUGAGUUUAUUAUUCCCGUACGCUGCACGAAUGCCUUAGCUACAGUUUGCAAUUCCUUGGUGUCUCUUGCAAUGAAGAAACUAGAAGCUGGGUCAACAGAAAGUUUUCUCAAUUACAAAGAGAAUCCAAAUAUCCCUGGACCUCAUGCACUGCUGACAAGGCUGCUGACUAUGUCAUCAUUUCUACAUCAGGGGAAAGGCUGGUGUGCACCUGCUCUGAUUCUGCUGCAAGUCCUGGGCACUGACAUCCACCUGGCAGCACCUCAAGUCUGGGAAAAGGAGUUUCCAACUCUGCUUGACUAUCUGCAGGAGAAUGCCAAGAAGCCCCUGCUCCAGAGCCAAUGGGAAGAAAAGCUGGUGAAGGUUUUGUUCCAGACACUGGAGUUGAUAGGGGAUGGGGAUUGGCUUAGCCAGCUUGGUAAGGAAAUGAUUAACCACCUUCACAGCCAUUAUAAUUUGCCACAAGAGAAGGGGUUUGUGUACAAAUGUUUGGGUGCAGUGCUGCAACUUAGUCAGAAUGAAGAAGUGGUAAAGAGGAAUCUACAGGAGAUGCUACAGACUGUGCGGCACAAUGAAGCAUUGGAGAAAGAGGGUAUAGCCUUUGGGGUUGGCUACUGUGCUGUAACCCACUUGGACACUGUACUAAUUCUGCUGAAGGAAUUUGCAAAGUUAAACAUUUUUAAGAAGACUGCAAGUUACUUUCAAAUUAUUAAGGAUCAGGAGGACAUUGAAAUAAUAAAAGUGAAAAGCACACUAAUCUCAUGCUAUGGGCAUAUCAUGUCACACUCUCCAAAGGACCUCACUCCAUUCAGAAUAGACACAGAAAUUGUAGAGAAUGUCCUCAACCAUUACAACAUCAAGAUAUUAGGAAUGAAGAUUGAGGUCAAAGACCUAACACUAAAAUUAAGUCUGAUCCAGACAGUAACUCAGCUAGCCCUAGCCAGCCAAUCUGAUGAAACGCCUAGCUACAGCUUCAGCAGAAAGGUUGAACUGCUGAACUACAUGCAGGAGCUCAUCAGGGCUGAGCCAACAGAAGCACUCUUGACCUCUGUCCGAAAAUCCGCCAUCAACGCCUGUACUUCCCUCUUAAAACUCCAGCCCCAACUUGGUGAAAACAGGCAAUUGAUUCAAACGUGCCUCAGUAGCGUUUUCAACUUGCCACGUUUGGAAGCCUGCACAGUCAAUGAACACCCAAACAUAAGCAUGGCAGAGAGGCAGACGCUCUUUCAUGAGACAAUGGAGUCGCUGCUGGACUUUCUGAAGCAGCUUUUGCUUUCCGACCUGUCGCCUGCUGGACUUCAGUUAGUGUUUACUAAUGUGGAAAUCUGGAUUCAAUCCAGAAAAGACUAUGCACGAGAAAUGGCAAUUGAGACCUCUUUACAACUCCUGGUGUUUUACCUGGAACAAAUUGGCACUGAUGAGAAGGUUUCAUCGCACAACCUGGCGGUUCCUAUUGGAUACAUGGUGCUUCGGUGCACAGACCCAUUGCGUGUUGUAAGGGAGACUGCCAUUGAAUGUUUGUAUGUUCUACUUUACAUUCAGUUGCGUUUCGCGGGGAUGCCUGCGGAUCUGAAAGACACAGAGCUGGAACACCUGAAAGCCAUCAAAGAAGGGUUGUAUCAUGGCAACUGCCAAUCCUUAUUUCAAGUCUGCACUGAUAUUGGCAAAGUCCUUUCGAAACGUACGCCCCAUGACCAGCUGUUAAGUUUACUGUUCACAUUGUUCCUGGGCCUUAGCGACGAUAACUCCAACGGUUCCUACGCAGCUUCGAUUGUUACGAAUGUCCUCAUUACAAAAUGUGGGGCCAGCCUCAUUGAUGUCCCUAUGAUAAUCAAAACCCUCCACAAAGAGUUACAGCCAAUUAACCAGCUGCACAUAAUACAGAUGGUGAUACGUUCUAUGACCUGCCUGGCAUCCCAGCAUAUGGCAGUUGUAUUACCCUGUCUCCUUUGGUUCCCUGUUCCAUUUGACGAUUACAUUAGUGAGGUGUGGAGAUCCCUACUCAAAACCAACUCAGUGGCCGUGCACUCAAUUAAGUAUUUACUGGACAAUUUGAAGCUAUUGUAUGAAAGCAGCAAAGAGUCUCUUUUCAACAUUAUGACAAAUGCAGAACCUCACCAGCCCCAGGCUGUAAUCUGCGCUCUUCACCAGAUGAUAUGUAACCAGAGCUCAAAAGCUGUGAUUGAGAUUCUUUACCCUCAGAUAUUUAGCACUGUUCUGAUUCAUCUCAGUUCCAGUGUCCAGGCCCGGUUGCCUCGGGACUUUUUUAGAAUACAGACAGUUAGGAAGUCCUCUGGCCUGCCUCAAAAGCCUUGUAACGCGACCGCCUGUCAUUACUCCAUUGAGAUACUUCAAGCUCUUCUGAGGGAGGCAAAGGGAAAUGCUCCUGAGAUGGCAGAAAAGGGAGGCUGGGACCUGAUCAGAGAGCCAGAGAGGCACCAUGAGGGGAUUAUGCUGCUAGCGAGCACAAUGGUCAAUAUUGCUGCCUCUCAACUGAUCAACAUCGUUGAACAACUAACGCCUGUCCUAGCUAACAUACACCAGAGUCAGAGAACCACGGCAGCCGCCUAUUUCGGAGAGCUUCUCAAUCACACGGUGGUGUCCGAGCUGAUGCUGACAGACACGCUUGUAGGCAGCUUGCUCCGGUGUUUAAUCGACGAUUCUCCUGUAGUCCAGUGGUUGGCUGUCAAAGGCCUGGGCAAUGCUGGAACUGGAGCUCCUCAGAAGAUGGAAAAGCAUGUUGCUAAGUUGCUGCCCGCAAUGGUCUCUGUCAUGGAUCAGAAUUCCAAGCUGAACACCCUGCUGACUGUUGAAGCCAUGACAAGUGUAUCAAAGAUCAUAGAUCACCUGCAGGAAGAUUAUGCAGGUGCCAUUCUCGUUGACUUGGCAAGGGCGAUGGAGCCCUUCUUCGAAAACCGGCAGGAUAAGGUGCGGGCCGGCGCCUUCACCGUUCUGGGCAAGCUGCUCCGAUUUGGCAGGAUGCAGCAGAACCCCGCAUAUAUGGAGCACAUCUAUUCCGCCCUGACCAGCUUGCUGCUCCACCUCAACGACAGGAGUGAGGAGGUGAGGAAGGUCUCCGGACUCGUGCUGACUCUGCUUGGCCCACUGCUGCCAUCGGAGAGGAUGUGCCAACACUUCCAAGCACUUGGUUUGGAGGAAAGCGCCCUGGACUAUGAGAAUUAUUUGAGUGUGACCUCCCAGCACAUGGCGGAAGAUUUGCCCGACAGGGCCAUCUACUACAUAAGAAGCUGCACCCCCUUCUUCAGCAGUGUACAGACAGAGAUGCGGGAGAAUGCAGUCACGUUGGCCACUUUUCUCAUGCAGCAUGCUCCCCCAGCUUACCCCAAGUCGCCUGCUGCCAAUCAGAUGUGCAAGGAGUUGACCAACUUGCUGUCAGAUCACGUGCAGAGUGUCCGCAUGAAAACAUUGUCUGGAAUCCAGCGCCUCCACAUGUACUAA